AUGUCAUCAUUCAACCAAACUACUGAAAACCACCAGACCUUCUUCACCCUGACUGGGAUUCCAUUUAGAACUAUCUGGAUGGCUUUGCCCCUCUGUCUUCUUUACAGCACCACAUUCUUGGGCAAUUUCACCAUCCUUUAUGUCAUCAAAGUCGAGCAAAGUCUCCAUGAACCCAUGUACUAUUUUUUGGCCAUGUUAGCUGCCACUGACCUCAGCCUCUCAUUGUCUUCCAUGCCCACCAUGAUCAGUGUUCACUGGUUUAAUUGGCGCUCAGUAACGUUGGAUGCCUGCAUAACACAGAUGUUCUUUAUUCACACCUUUGGGGGGGUGGAAUCAGGUGUUCUGGUGGCCAUGGCCUUUGAUCGCUUUGUGGCCAUCUGCUUCCCUUUACACUAUGCUACCAUUCUCACUCAUGGUGUCAUUGGCAAGAUUGGAGCAGCGGUACUGCUGCGGAGUGUGGGAGCUGUGCUCCCUGUGCCUUUCCUCAUCAAAAGACUACCUUUCUGCCACUCCAACGUUCUUUCCCAUGCAUACUGCCUUCACCAGGAUGCCAUGAGGCUUGCCUGUGCUGACACCCGUAUCAAUAGCAUCUAUGGCCUGCUAGCUGUGAUCUUCAUCAUUGUACUAGAUGCUUUUAUCCUUUUGGUCUCUUACAUACUAAUCCUCCAGGCAGUAUUGAGCAUUGCAUCCCAGGAAGAGAGGAUCAAGGCUCUAAAUACUUGCCUUUCUCAUAUCUGUGCUGUACUGCUUUUCUAUGUACCUCUCAUUGGCAUGACCCUGAUUCAUCGUUAUGGGAAACAUUUAUCACCAGUAAUACACACAUUCAUGGCCAAUAUCUACCUACUACUCCCUCCUGUGCUCAAUCCCAUUGUGUACAGUGUUAGGACCAAGCAGAUCCGACAGCGGAUUGCCCAGGUGCUCUGUGGGGGAAGAGGCAGGAUUGGCCCUUGA